AUGGCUGAAAAUUUUGAUGAUGAUGGGGUUGCUCCACAAAUUGUUAAUCCCAUCAUAUUGGCAGAUGAUCGAGCAAGGGCUAUAAGGGAGUAUGCAGCCCCCAUGUUUAAUGAGCUCAAUCCAGGCAUUGUGAGGCCUGAAAUACAAGCACCGCACUUUGAGCUCAAGCCAGUGAUGUUUCAAAUGCUCCAAACCGUGGGGCAAUUCAGCGGGUUGCCAACUGAAGAUCCUCACCUCCAUCUCCCUUCUCGAAUGGUGUUAGAUGCAUCGGCCAAUGGUGCUAUUUUGUCGAAGUCUUACAAUGAGGCAUUUGAGAUUUUGGAGACCAUUGCAAGUAACAACUACCAAUGGUCCAACACAAGAGCUCCAACAAGUAGAAAAGUGGCAGGAGUCCUUGAGGUAGAUGCAAUAACGGCUUUGACAGCUCAAAUGGCUUCCAUGACGAAUGUUUUGAAGAAUUUGAGUAUUGGGAACGCUAAAAAUAUUCAACCAGCUGCUGCCAUUCAAAGUGAUGAUGUCUCAUGUGUGUUUUGUGGAGAAGGGCAUGUGUUUGAGAAGUGUCCAUCUAAUCCGGAGUCUGUUUGUUACAUGGGAAAUCAGAAUUUUAACAGAAACAAUGGGGCAUUCUCAAACUCUUACAAUCAAUCUUGGAAGAAUCAUCCUAAUUUGUCUUGGGGAGGUCAAGGAGCAAGCUCAAGUACCGCACCAGCCCAAGGAAGACAAGCAUAUCCACCGGGUUUUUCACAACAACCCCGACAUUCACAACAUGCUCAAAAUGCCCAACCAAGUUCUUUGGAGAGUUUAAUGCAGGAUUAUAUGGCCAAAAAUGAUGCGGUGAUACAAAGUCAAGCUGCCUCUCUUCGAAACUUAGAGUUGCAACUUGGACAUUUGGCCAAUGAAUUAAAAGCUAGGCCGCAAGGUUCUUUGCCUAGUGACACGGAGAAUCCAAGGAGGGAUGGGAAGGAGCAAUGCAAAUCCAUUCACUUGAGGAGUGGCAAGCAUCUGAAAAAUUCCGAGGAGGAAAUAAAGGGUAGUGGGGAGCCCACUUCAAUCCAAAACGACGAAAAAUUGAGUAAAAAAACUGCCCAGGAAAUUGCUGAUACCAGACCAGUUGAUACAGCAUCGGGUCAGCAAUCUGACAGUCAGCAAUCCGCACCAGUAUGUACUAAACCACCCCUUCCAUUUCCUCAAAGAUUUCGGAAACAGCAGCAAGAUGGGCAAUUCAAGAAGUUUUUAGAUGUGUUGAAGCAGCUCCAUAUCAAUAUUCCCUUGGUGGAAGCAUUGGAGCAAAUGCCGAACUAUGUCAAGUUCUUAAAAGACAUUUUGACGAAGAAAAGGAGGUUGGGGGAGUUUGAAACUGUAGCUCUUACCGAAGGAUGCAGCGCCAUGUUGAAAAGUAAGAUUCCACCGAAGUUGGAGUUGAAACCCUUGCCAAGCCAUCUGAAGUAUGCCUAUUUGGGGGAGAAUGACACGCUACCAGUUAUUAUAGCAUCAAACUUGGUAGUUGAAGAUGAAGGUGCCUUGCUAGAGGUGUUGAAAAAGCAUAAAAAAGCAAUCGGGUGGACUAUGGCGAACAUAAGGGGUAUUAGUCCCACGAUUUGCACGCACAAGAUACUUUUAGAAGCUGGUUGUAGCAAUUCUGUUGAGCAUCAGCGAAGAUUGAAUCCCGUCAUGAAAGAAGUGGUGCGAAAAGAAGUGAUCAAGUGGCUAGAUUAUGGUAUUGUGUACCCAAUUUCGGAUAGCUCAUGGGUUAGUCCUGUUCAAUGUGUGCCCAAGAAAGGAGGAGUCACGGUGGUGGCUAAUGCAAACAAUGAGUUGAUUCCUACUCGAACCGUGACCGGUUGGAGGGUGUGUAUGGACUACCGGAAGUUAAACAAUGCUACUCGGAAGGAUCAUUUCCCGCUGCCAUUUAUUGACCAAAUGUUGGAUCGUUUGGCGAGAAAAGAGUUUUAUUGCUUUCUUGACGGAUAUUCGGGUUACAAUCAGAUUUCUAUAGCACCGGAAGAUCAAGAGAAAACCACCUUCACUUGUCCAUAUGGUACCUUUGCCUUUAGGAGGAUGCCAUUUGGAUUGUGCAAUGCUCCCGCAACUUUCCAAAGGUGUAUGAUGGCUAUUUUCUCGGAUAUGGCUGAAAGUAUUUUGGAGAUAUUCAUGGAUGACUUCUCUAUCUACGGGGAUUCAUUUGGGGUGUGUUUGGAGAAUUUGGAAAGAGUGUUAGCAAGAUGUGAAGAAACCAACUUGGUGCUUAAUUGGAAGAAAUGCCACUUCAUGGUUCAAGAGGGUAUUGUGUUGGGUCACAAGGUGUCUAGCAAGGGGAUAGAAGUUGACAAGGCAAAGCUAGAAGUGAUUGAGAAGUUACCAGCCCCUACCACGGUGAAAGGCAUAAGAAGCUUCCUUGGACACGCGGGUUUCUAUAGGCGCUUCAUUAAAGACUUUUCUAAGGUGUCCAAACCCUUGUGUAACUUGCUAGAACAAAAUAGACCAUUUGAGUUUACCGCUGAAUGUAAUGAAGCAUUUUUGAAGUUGAAGACAGCUCUUGUUACGGCCCCCGUGAUUGUAGCACCCGAUUGGUCAUUGCCCUUUGAACUCAUGUGUGAUGCAAGUGAUUUUGCCGUUGGGGCUGUUCUUGGGCAGCGGAAGAAUAAGAUCUUUCAUUCCAUUUAUUAUGCAAGCAAAACUCUUGUUGAUGCCCAAAUUAACUACACCACUACUGAGAAAGAGUUGCUAGCGGUGGUUUUUGCCUUUGAGAAAUUCAGAUCGUAUCUUGUGGGAACCAAGGUGGUUGUGUAUACUGACCAUUCGGCAAUCAAGUAUUUGAUAACCAAGAAAGAUUCUAAACCGAGGCUCAUUCGUUGGGUUUUGUUGCUACAAGAGUUUGACUUGGAAAUUCGAGACAGAAAAGGGACAGAAAACAAAGUGGCGGAUCAUCUCUCUAGGUUGGAAACUAACAAUCACAGCAGCCACUUAGAGGGAGAAUUACAAAUUCAAGACUCAUUCCCAGAUGAGCAACUGCUAGUGGUAGAGCAAACACGGGUACCAUGGUAUGCAGACAUUGUCAAUUACUUAGUUGGAGGUGCCUAUCCACCUGAUUUUACCAAGCAGCAGCUCAAAAAGUUCCUUCAUGAUAGCAAGUUUUAUUUUUGGGAUGAGCCAUACUUGUACAAGCAGUGCCCCGAUCGUAUUAUGCGGAGAUGUGUGCCAAUGGGUGAAGUUAGAAGCAUCUUGGAGCAUUGUCAUUCAGCUCCUUAUGGUGGCCAUUUUGGUGGACAACGCACGGCGGCCAAGGUUUUUCAAUCCGGGUAUUAUUGGCCUUCUAUUUUUAAAGAUGCUCAUGCUUUUGUUCAACAAUGUGAUCGCAGCCAGCGAGUUGGAAAUAUCUCCGCCAGGAAUGAAAUGCCUCUUAAUUGUAUUUUGGAGGUGGAGUUGUUUGACGUGUGGGGUAUCGACUUUAUGGGACCUUUCCCACAAUCCUUUGGGAAUCUCUACAUUCUAGUGGCGGUGGAUUAUGUGUCAAAGUGGGUGGAGGCAAUUGCUAGUCCCAAGAAUGAUGCUUGA